AUGGAGCCUCUUGCCAGGCACUUACAAAAACUUGUCCUGUCUGCUGUGCCACUUCUAAACAAUCUUUUAUCAUUGGCAGAUGAUAUAAGUGAGCCUGAUACCAAACAGGGGUCAGAUACAGUUUCAGGAAACUGUCGUAUCCUUCUUCACGUCAUUAAUAAUAGAAAGAGCAUGCACAGUCAGGAAGCAGGAGCUGGGGCUGUUUUCAUUAUUACACUACAGCACAGAAACAUGGACCUCUCCGUUUUGCCAAACAACAACCAUCCUGAUAAAUUCCUGCAACUGGAGGUUAAAUCUUUAGUGAAAAACUCUGCCUUUCUGUCAGCCAAAUGGGCAAAAUUCCCAGAAGCAGCUUUGCCUGGAGUGCAGCGGUGGCACAACAGGAUCUAUUUACAGAGAGAAAAGACAGCUGUCACUGAGCUGCCAGGCUUAGACUUGAACAGGGAUAGUCAAGAAAUAAUAGAUAAAUCCCUGGGGAAACACAUUACUCCCAUCACCCUGAAAUCCACAAUCAAGAGCAACCCAUUGUAUAGUGAUAGCCACGUGGAUGAUGACUGGGAGGAGAAGAAAAAGACCCCUUCCUGGACUGUGCAAGACUAUGACAGACAGUCACUGCACUCUAACUUGGCCAGCCACAUAAAGGAAAAUCCUAAUGAUCUACAGUUCUGGAUGGGGGAUAUUUAUACUCCUGGGUAUGAUACCUUGUUAAAAAAGGAGAAAGAGAAAAAGCAUUCAAAAUAUUGCCGAAUCAUUCUGCUCAUGGUACUAGCCAUUUGCAUCCUAAUUACCGUAAUCACACUUAGUGUUUUACUUACUUAA